UCGGUCACCCUACCGAACGGUUGGGUUCCAAGUUCGUCGCUUUUUAUUGUCGUCGUCGGAUAAGCGCGAGAGAGGUGAUCUCUAAACCCUCCUCGAUCUCGGAAAACGCGCGACAGAUACAUACAUACAUACAUACAUAUAUUCUACUAAUAUCGUCCCUCUAUCUAUUUCUCUCUCUCUCUUUUUCUAUCUCUCUUUCUCUCUUCCUGUUCUUUCUUCUUUCUCUUUCUUUCUCUCCUCUCUAUCUGUCUGUCUUUCUCUUUCUCUCUCUCUCUCUCUCUCUCUCUUUUUAUCUCUCCUAAUUCCUCUGUAUCAAUCGCGUUCGAUCGUUUUCUCCAGGGGGGUGGGGGGAUGGGGAGAUGAAAAAAAAAAAUAAGAAAAGUUAAUUGGAAAUAUUUAAGACUUAAUUAAGACGUAUCGACUGUCGAGAGAGAGAAAGAAGAUAGCGUUACCUUUCUCUCUCUCUCUCUCUCUUUUUUUAUUUCACCUCUCUUUCUUUUUCUCUCUCUUUCUCUCUAUCUUUCUAUUUCGUUCUCUCGUUCUCUCGUACUUCGUGUGGACGCGUACCGCAACCGGUCAGCGCGUGUGCACCCGACAACGAUCGAUCCUCUCCGCGAUAGAGAUCCAGAGAGAGAAGCGAUGGACGGAACCACCCUUCCACGAGACGACGACGCCAGAUAAGGAGCAGGAACAUCGAGGAUAAACCUUCUCUUCUCUCCUCUCUCUUUUUCUCUCUCUCUCGCUCUCUCUCUUACUCUCUCUUUCUCCCCCUCUUUCUCUCUCUAUCUAUCUAUCUAUCUAUCUCUCUGUCUCUCCGUCUCCCGUCUCUUUAUCCGUCUCCGUCUUAACCUCCGUCUCUGUCUCCGUCUCUGUCGCACUCGUUGGCCGCUCGCUUGUUCGUUCUCUAGAUAUAGCUCUUUAUCUCUACGGUGACACUUUUUCAACGAUAUUCGGCCAAUUUCUUCGCACGAAGGAGAGGAUUUGUUUGAUCAGGAAGAAGGGAGAUUUACAUUUUUAUUUGGAUUUUGUUAGAUCGAAGAGAGAAGAGAUCUCUCGUUUGAGAUUAAUACGACGAGGAUCGUAAUAAGAAGAAAAUAAUAAUAAUAAUAAUAGUAAUAAAAAGAAGAAGAAGAAGAAGAAGAAGAGGAGGGAGAAGAAGAUAAGAAGAAAAAGAAGAAGUAGAAGAAAAAAGAAAGAAAGAAAAGAGAAAAGAGUGAGAGAGAGAGAGAGAGAGAAAGAGAGAGGGAGAAAGGAAGAAAGAAAAAGAGUUAGAGAUAGAGAGUGUACGGCGUGUGUUUACGGAAUAUAUUUAGACAGUAGUAGUCGAGUAGGAUAAGUUAGAUCAGAACGAUGUGAUCGUUUGAAGGGGCCAGAGGCUUCUCCAGCCGGCUUCCUCACUGGCGAGGGAUGUCCUCCUCCGCGGGCACGAGUUGCACGGACGCCGAGGAGGACGCCGAGGAUGUGGAGAACGAGGUCGUUGGAACGAGGCCCGCUUCGUUUGCCCGUUAUCCGUGGUCAUCGCCGUCGUCAUCAUCACCGACACCAUCGUCGUUUACGACGAGAAGAAGAAGAGGAAGAGCAUCAGCAACGCAGUCAUCGUCAUCAUCGUCGUCGUCGUUCUUAUCAUCCGUUUCAUCGUCACCGUCGUUCACGUUCCCGUUCACGUUCCCGUUCACGUCCUCGUUUUCGUCAUCGUCAUCAUCAUCAUCCUCGUCAUCACCAUCGUCGCCAUCAACUUCUACGGCCAGCAUUAACGAUAGCUCGGCCAAUCACUUGGAAGGACUGCGGUUAGAUGGGUCAGUGCUCAUCAUUGGCACAUAUCCAUCAAAAGGACAACCGGCGGAGGACUCUAUCAGCGAGUUCUCGUUGCGAGCAUUGCCUAGGAUUAUCUUAUAAGAUAGAACUUGAUUGUUGGCUCGCCUAUUUAUACUUCUAUUAUUAUUACUACUACUAUUACGAUUAUUAUAAUUACUACUACUACUACUACUACUACUACUGCUACUAUUACUACUGCUGCUGCUACUGCUGCUACUACUACUACUAUUACUACUACUACUACUACUGCUGCUGCUGCUGCUGCUGCUGCUGUUGCUAUUACUACUACUACUACUAUUUCAUCAUUACCUUCUAUCGUUAUUCCCAUUAUAUUCUCUAUCCAUCAAAAUCCUCUUUGCUUAUCCAAUCGAUCAUUGUCCUCGUCAUUGACGAGACUACUUCCUCCUUCUUAGUCGUCUUGGGCCAGAAAAGUGGGCCGAAGGUCAUCGUACUUUUAUCGAUCGAUCCCAACCUUAUCCUCCAUUGUUCUUCUUCUUCUUUUUCUUCUUCAUUUUCUUCUUCUUCUUCUUCUUCUUCUUCUUCUUCUUCCUACUCUUCCUCCUUCUUCUUCUUUUCAUCCUUAUCUUUUAUCUUGAAUCUUUCUAUUCCUUUUUCCUCGUUAAAAAGAAAGGGACUACUACCAGACAGCCAAUCGUAUUUGAUUUUCGCUAAUACUGCGAUGUCGCGGGGAAGGGAGACGAUCUUCAGGUGACGAAAGAAGCGCCACGUUCUCCUCUUUUUCUUCUUCUUUUUCUUAUUCCUUAUCCUCCAUCACCUCCUAUUCCUUAUCCUUAUCCUUUUCGAUCCCCUAUUCUUCCACUAUAUCCUAUUCCUUUAUAUCCUUAUUCCAAACGUCAAUCGUCAAUUCCGUGGAUAUAAAAUUACGUGGGAUCUCUCUCAAUGGUGUUUCGGCCAGCGGCGAUGAUGACGAUGAUAAUGAUGACGUUGAUUAUGAUGAUGAUGAUGACGAUGAAGAUGACGAUGAUGAUGAUGAUGUUGUUGGUGAUAAUGGUGAUGAUUGUAAUUAUAAUUAUGGUGGUGAUUAUGAUGUUGAUGUUGUUGAUGAU